AUGGGCCUCUCUUCCGGUGGUUACGGUGCGGUCGCUUACAGCAGCAUGUAUCCCAAAAGAGUGGCGGCCGCGCUUUCAUCUUCCCCUGCACAGGUGGGCUCGCUGAACAGCAGUAUACCCGGCUUUGUGCAUGUGCCGGUAUGGAUUGCAAACGGGGGUGUUGACAUUAACCCCGAUCCGUAUGCGGUGCAGGCAUUUAAUGCUGCUUUCCGGAAUGCAGGCGGCAAUAUUUACCAGCAGUUUUUCUCAGAUAACGGACACAAUACAUGGACGGAUAUGUGGAAUAUGCAGGCUGCCAACGGCAGUUUUAUCAGUACCGGCUACUGGAACAGCGCCCACAAAGCACAACCGCUGCUGUAUUAUGGCAAUAGCCAGUUCUGCACCGGGCAGCCAAUCGCGGCCCGCAUGGGUAUCACCGCCGGUUAUUACGCCUACCAGUGGCAACUGAAUGGAUUUACGAUUGCAGGGGCUACCGGUAACGAAUACACCGCAACGCAGGUGGGCCGCUACAGGGUACGUUUUAUGAGAGAGGCAGGUGGCAUUUGGUCUGCCUGGACGCCCAACCCGGUGCUCAUAAGCACCAAAAACUGCGCAACAGAUACCUUGUAUGCUGAACAUUUCAGUUUUGAUAAACCCUAUUUUUCCGCUCCUGGAUACAGCAUGGGCAAUUUUAACUGCAUGGGGGGAAUCGUCACCAAUGGUACCAAUAUGUUUACACAGGAUGCCAGCGGUAUUCAGGGCGGCCGUUUCCUGGUAAACUAUACAAAAGCAGGUACAAAUUGUACUUUUACGGCCGGAGAUGAAGUUUGGAAAAUCUAUCAGCCUGUAACCGUUACGCCGAACACCAAUUACGAGUUUAGUUUUUAUACAGGCAACCAGAAUGGCAAUAACCCCGCACAACUGGCACCCACUGUAAAUGGAACCGCGCUUACCAGCGGAUUUGUACAGGCUACCGGUGCCGGAAAUACCAGCUGGAAAAAGUUCAUUUUUACUUGGAAUUCGGGCACGGCUACCGUGGCAGACCUGGGUAUUAUCAACCGUUCCGCGGUUACCACCGGCAAUGAUUUUACCAUUGAUGAUAUAAGCUUUACAACAGCCGCUGCAGUGCCUGUUCCGGGCUGCACAGCCAACCUCUUGCCCGCCAAUGGCGGAUCGGUUACCACCAGUACUACGGCUGCAUUAAGCUGGUCAGCUGCCAGCAAUGCCGCCAGCUAUGAUGUUUACCUGUGGGUAAGCGGUACAGCCUUGCCUUCAGUACCCGUCGCAAACGUAUCUUCCACUGCUUACAACGCUGCAGGCCUUACUGCUGCUACCAAAUACACAUGGUUUGUAGUUCCCCGGAAUAGUAAUGGCACAGCUGCUACCGGCUGCAGCGCCAGCCAGACCAGCUUUCUAACCGCAGUGGCUGCCCUUCCUGUACCUGCCUGCGUUGCUGGUAUUUUACCCGCCAAUGGCGCUUUACUUACAACUGCUUCCAGCGCUGUGUUAACAUGGGCGCCCAGCGUCAGCGCUGCAUCUUACGAAGUAUAUCUAUGGCAGGGUAGUACACCGCCUUCAACUGCAAGGGCAUCGGUUACCGGGACUGUAUACAAUGCCACCGGGCUUAUUCCCGGCACUGUGUACAACUGGUAUAUUGUACCCAGGAACGCGGCUGGACCUGCAACAGGCUGCAGCAGCAAUAAAUACAUUUUCACGACAGGCAAUACUGCUGUGGUACCUGGCUGCGCCAUUAACCUUCUUCCGCUAAACGGGGCGGUUAUUCCGGGUUCAGGAUCUGUUGGUUUAUCCUGGACGGCGGUGCCCGGCGCCAGCAGCUAUGAUGUAUAUGCAUGGAAAGGCAAUACUGCGCCUGUUGCUGCAACUGCUACGGUGAAUACAAAUUUGUAUAACCUGGCUGGCCUGGUGCCUUCAACAUCCUAUCAUUGGUAUAUAAUACCGAGGAAUGCCACAGGAGCUGCAGCAGGCUGCAGUACGGCGGUCACGGGAUUCACCACAUCUUCAGCAGGCAGCGCAACCGGCAAUGGAUUGACCCCGUAG